AUGUGCAGUGGAGCUGAGGGAGGUCCGUGGCCUCUCGGCAAAGAUGCACCUUCUGUGACUGCCGCCGCGAUAGACCAUUACCGUCUACAGCUUUACAAUUAUGCCAUUGCUGAACGUUUACGGCUUUAUCCACCUUCAGUUGCCCCGUGCUACGGACCUUAUGGACCACGACUUGCUCUUUCCAUGUCUCUACUGCAGCAGCGAGCCCUUCAACCGGAAGAACCGAAGCCUCAACACAGCUACAUUGGCCUCAUCGCUAUGGCAAUACUGAGUUCACCCGAACAAAAACUUGUUUUGUCUGAUAUCUAUCAACACAUUCUAGACAACUAUCCGUACUUUCGGUCCCGGGGACCAGGAUGGAGAAAUUCAAUUCGCCACAACUUAUCUCUGAAUGAUUGUUUCGUGAAAGCGGGAAGAUCAGCUAAUGGAAAAGGACAUUAUUGGGCGAUCCAUCCAGCAAACGUAGAAGAUUUUCGGAAAGGUGAUUUUCGAAGACGCAAAGCGCAACGAAAGGUGCGCAAACAUAUGGGAUUGGCUGUGGAUGACGAUGGAGAAGACUCUCCAUCUCCACCGCCCCAGUCUCCUCCGCCUACGGCCUUGCCUUUACCCUUCUGGAGUGGAAGCCGUGUACCAGGGGUUGUUCCGCCGCGAAAAAGACAGUUCGACGUAGCUUCCUUAUUGGCUCCAGACGACGCACCGGAUAAAAAACCUCGACGUGACAGUAGCUGUGAAGAAGAGGUCGAAGAAGAUAUAGACGUAGUUGCUAGUGAUCAAGAAGAUGUGAAAUUAGGGGAAGAUGAGAGUCGGACGCCGGUCGCUCCGACGGCACACUACCCGCUACUUGGAGGCUGGUGGCCUGCGCUGGACCCAGCCCUUCUUCAGCAAUUGAGAAGACAUACAUCUUCAGCUGCGUCUUCGGCUCCUCCUAGUCCGUCAGAUCAACAACGCCCACCGGACACCUAA